AUGGUCAAUCUCAGAACCUUUACCACCGUCGUGCUACAUUCUUCCCAGUCUCUAGGUGCCCUCUGGCACGAGGAUAUCGCACGUAGAAGGGCUCCAUCUGACUACUUCUCCAAAUUGGACCUUGUCCAAGGCUUUGACAACUUCCUUGUGCCAAGUAUGCUUCGUUUCGAGUCGAAAAUAGAGUCCCUCCGUCUCUUAUGCAAGACUACCAUCAUUGAAGAUACAAGCACACCACCCGAUAGCACACCAAGGACACCAUCUAGAACAUACUUCGCCGGUGACCUCCCAUCGUACAGUAGGGCUUUGAUUGAGGCUUUUCGAUCACUCAGGGUGAGACUCGAUUCCUUCGCACUGCGUAAUGUCAAGGAGAUCGAUCUUUGCGCUACAUUCCCUUCAGCCAUAUCCUCGGAGUUUGAGCGGAUGGAACUACAGUCCCAACUGCACGACAUAGUCUCCGCUGCCGAGGGACUCCGAGUCUUAUCUCUGCGCUCGACAGACAUCCAAUCUCAAUCUAAGCCCAACGAUAGAUGGUCGACUAUCUUCCCAGGACUCCACACACUGGAGUUCAAGUAUCUGAAUACACUCAAACUUGUGAACCUGGUCUUUUCUAUCACGGAAUUCAACGAAUUGCUUGCAAAACGUGCAGAGACGCUACAGCACAUUCUUCUAUAUAAUUGCACCGGAAGCGAAGCAGGGCUUUUAGAUGUGGUUAGGUUUGCGGCCGCUAACCCAUCCAUAUACUUACACAGAUUUUCAGUUUGUGUAUCUGAGACUAUCGGCCUGGGCCCCUGGAAAGAAGGUCAAACUAUGGCAUCACAAGUCAUACCCGAGCAGGAGAUCCUUGACUUUAUCAACAAUGAUAAAGGCGUGGAGCAUGUGGCUGUGGAUCCUUUCUUGCACCGUCAACCCAUUGGCGCCGAUGAUUGGCAAUCUGCUUCUAUACGAGAUUUACAGUUGAUGAACUCUGGACCCGAGAUUGAUCAUUAUACAGACCUAUGGGCGACUGCGGUUGAGAGUCCGGAGACCUUGAGAUCUGAGUGGCCACGGUGGGGGUCUUUACACUAUGCUUGCAAAGCAUGCCGCAGGCUUUCGGGCUUUGAGUAA